CGGGCGUGUUCUGGGCGUGUUCUGGGCGUGUGCAUGCGCUGAGCGUGUGUGACGGGAGCUCGACUACGCCGGUCGCCGGCGGUCGCCAGUGGACGAUGUCGGGAUCGCGCACGAAGAGAAAACUAAAGCAAAAAGAAAAAUUCGUCCUGGCCCGGCUUCAUCUUUGCCUUCUUCCUGUCGCGCCGUGUCGCUCCCACGUCGCUCCCCUCGUCCGCCAUCUCAGCAUCUGCAGAGGCUACAAAACCACAGUCGUACGCUGUCAGCGCGGCAAGCUGCAUCUGCACUCCUGGCCGACUGCGCCGCGUGGGCCGGAAUCCGCUGUCAGGCCAAAGGCUGUCGCUGUCCGCACGGCAAAAUCAGCGCGAUCAACGGGCCGUCUGGUCUCUGCAGCUGCACGUGCCGCAGGGACGCUGUCUGGAUCCUGUACAGGCAGAGGUGAGACAGAGGGGAACAAACACCUCUGCCCAGCGUCGCGUAGCGGAAGUUUUCGAUCUGGCAUCCGCCGUCAUGCAGCCCCUACUAAGCGACCUUUGCAGUAUCUGGUGCGUUGGCCUGCACGCCGUCUCACCCUACAGCUGCAGAAAUCCCAUCGAGUUCUGACGGACGGCGCAGUCACACAUCCGCUCCAAAGUACCGCUGCCCUGCCUGUUCGACGCGGACAUGCUGCCUCGAGUGCGUGCAGAGACACAAGGCUCGCGGCUGCUCUGGCAAGCGUGAUCCCACCUCGUACGUCAAGAAGAGCCAGCUCGCGACGCCGGCCGGCAUAGACCACGACUACAACUUCAUCUCUGGCCUGGAGAGAUCCCGUGAUCGUGCGGACGAGCUGCUGCAGGGGCGAUCUAUCCACACCGCAGACGGUCGAUCUACGAGGCUUAACCACCCAGCCUUUCGCAGCCGGCUCCAGUUGGCUCGUGUUCACAUCGAGUAUGCACCUCUGGGCAUGAGCCGCCAGAAGCUCAACCAGACCAGACUGACGCAGUCCAAGCGCAUCAACUGGACCGUUGAAUGGAUUGACGAAAACAGCAUUUCUACCGUAGCCUCCAUCUUCGACGAUGAAGAGCUCUACAGGGGAUACAGGCCUGUCUAUCUGAAGCGAGCAGGCUCUCUCGGAAGAAAAAGAAAGCGUGACGGGGGACCUUCGACGAGCAGGGACAUGCUGGAUCGUAUUCAAGACAGGACCCCUCCCCCAACUGGCAACCUUGUGUCUGCGAAAGAAUUGAUCGAAAAUUCGACGUUGAAACGAAGCCACGAGGAUGUCGACGCCAGGGAACCGUUGACAACGCCAGCAGCAGACAGCUCGACUGCACCUUUGCCUGCUGCUCCUGUCGUCGCCGACACUGAUUCUGCCCAGGCUAGUGCGACGGUGGAGCCCGGCCCCGAGCACGACGAUGCAGUCGUCAAAGGCAAAAUAGGCCAACGCCAAUUGGAGCCAUUACCGACUGGCUCGUCGGACGACCUUGGUCUGUACUACUACCUGGUGAAGCCGAGAACAAGUGGUUCGGAACACGUUCUCGUACCGCUGUCACCAACCGACACUCUGCUAACCUGCUUGCGAAACCAAACCGUCCUCGAGUUUCCGAGCAUCCAGGUUCUGCCCUCCAGUCCAGAUGCACUCCCAGCUGGUUUCGUCACGGAAGACGAGUACUUGGCCAGGUUCAAGAAAGAAGCUCACGAGAUGGAGCAGCUCAUGCAGGAGGAAGGUGAGGUCGCCAUCGAUUCCGAUCCCACGGCUGGAAAUCGCAAUUCAUCACAAUCACACGCCAUCGAUAACGACUCCGACACAGCAAUACCAAAUCCUUCCACUCUCCUAGCCACACUUGAGCGUGACAUGAAAAGUUGAAGAUCUAGCCCACGCUAGUUCCGAUGAUUUGCGUUGCCACAGCUUACCCUGCCCUGAGCACUGGGUGCUCGUUUCAGAACCAAACCCGGGGCUGGCGACGCGAGUCGCGCACGAACCCAAUCGGCUUGGAAAAGCAAUUCCAACCCAUGGUAUAGGUCAUCAAGCCAAGUUUGCUGGAUUUGUCCGCUUUCUCAGCCCGAAACGGGAGGAAACCCACGCGAAAGGAAUCACUCUCCGCAUACAGAGCCAGGAUGUCCGUGGGGUUUUUCAAUAGAGUGAGCUUAGGUGCUGACCAGGGGCACGGUACUCAACGAAGAUCGCUUGAAAAUACAGUUGAAGCUAUGAUAUAGUCUUAUCUCGUGUUAGCGUGAAGACGAGCGCCUCCAAUGGAGCUGCACGACGAGUAGCUAUUAUUCACGACGUUCCCUACUGUGAACUCUGGAAAUAAAGAAAAUUUACACGUCCCUGUUCACCAGUCCUACUUUGCCGAUGGUGAGACAACAGUGCGCCAAGCGCUAUCACAUACGACCUAGGGCAGGCCGCUCCGAGACAAAAGCCAAUGCACC